GGCGCCGGGUGCAUUCUCUGCCCAUGUGUGCUUCAUGUGAACAGCGCAGGCUCCUUGUUGUUGACGCUAUCUCUGUGCACACUUUCCGCACAGUUACGGUAAAAAAGAAAAAGGUGGAUUCUUGGAAAAAAAUAGGAGUCUUCAUAGAAAAUACCACCCUAUUUCUGAUAAAAGCAACACAAUGUACUUAUUUUAGAAACAUGAAUGAAAUCUCACUCAUUUCAAGCCUAGCAAUAGUCUCACUGUCACAUGUCUAACUACCCAGUACAGUAAGUAUACAGUAUACUGUACAGCAGUUACACACAAUACUGAAAAACAAGAUGGGUGAAGCAGUUAGGAUAUGAGCAAAAAAUUGAUCUGCUUUUUUCUUAGAUGUUGGCCUCUCAGCAUAAUUACGCUACCACAAAUGUCACUUGAUCUUUAUAAUAACAUACUAUAUUGAUUGAAUCAGAAUCAGAAGACUUUUAUUGCCAUAGUCUGUGAACACAGUUCACAAACUAGGAACUUGCUUCGGUGAAAAAGUGCAACAUGAACACACUGAAUAAAUACAAAUACAAAUAAGGGCAUGCAGUUAAAAAGAUAUGCUUAAAAAAAAAUCAAGUGAAAUACUUAAAGGUAGAAAAAUAUAUACAACAGCAGCAUCAGAACAACAGUGCAAAGUGGCUUAUUAAAGUGACCGGUAUUAUAAAGUGUCCAGUUUAGUGCAGAUAUUAUAGAGUGUUCAUGAACCGUGUACUUAUAGUUUUAUACAAUUAUAAAUAAGAAUUUGUUCUUAUUGGGUUGCCUGGUAAAAUAAAGGUUUAAGACACUUUAUCUGCUAUUAUUCUGUCCCUUCAUUAUCAAUUUGUAGCCUUAUAGUUUUCACAGCUUGCACAGUAUUGUAUUUUAUUAUCUCUACACCUUUUAUCUCUACUAGGUUUAUAAUAUUUAGAUUUUUUUUAAUAUAUAUAUAUUUAGGCUCAUUCAUUUUUAAUAGCCUAGUUAUCUUAAUUUUUGGUUCCCGAUUUUCUAUUCUCCAGCUGUUCUCUAACUUCGUAUUGCAACAGUGGAAUUUCACAUAAAGGUUCACUUAUUUCUUAUCUAAAUACAUUCAGGCUACAGAAUCUACAAAAUGGUUAAAUAGGGCUACACAAAGUUAGAAAACACUCUGAUUUUGGUGCAAAUCCACACUGCAAAUGAUGAAAAUGGAAACAUGUGAUUUCUGGUCAGUGGGCAUUGAAUAUAUGAAUGAGCUGAGACUUGUUGCUGAGACAUCUUGUACCAAAUCGCUGAGUGUUGUUUUGUCAUUUCUCGUUGCGCACUGUGCUGGGUGUUUACGGCGGGAGGCUGCUCAGCCUCCUCAGCUGAUGUGAUGUCAACCCCGUGAACCACUCCGCUCCAAACACUCACCCUGCGCCCCGCUGCGUCACAAGACGCACAGAAAACCACUCUACCACAUUUUUACGCACAAAAGACGAUGUUGGACAAGGACAUUUCGGAGCACGGGCCACGGGAACUAACCCAAAACCCGCUACGAAAGAUAUGGAUGCCGCGGUGCAGUAACGGCUUGUCCCAACGACCCAUUACGCAGAGACGGGUCUGUAUGACAAACUGCCCCACAGUUAUUGUAACAGUUGGACUCCCAGCUCGAGGAAAAACUUACAUCUCCAAGAAGUUGACGAGAUAUUUAAAUUGGAUAGGCGUGCCCACUAAAGUUUUUAACGUCGGCCAGUACAGAAGAGAGUGUCUCAAGAUUUACAAGUCUUUUGAAUUUUUCCAACCAGACAAUGAAGAAGGCCUUAAAAUCAGACGACAAUGCGCCACAACAGCUCUGAACGAUGUCCGGCAGUACCUGAGCGUAGAGGGAGGACAAGUAGCAGUAUUUGACGCCACAAAUACAACAAGAGAAAGGAGAGCAACAAUAAUGAAAUUUGCCGAACAGAAUGGGUUCAAGGUAUUUUUUGUGGAGUCUGUGUGUGAAGACCCAGACGUCAUCGCAGAAAAUAUAGUGCAAGUGAAGUUGGACAGUCCUGACUACAUCCACACAAACUCAGAGGAGGCCAUAGAGGAUUUCAUGAAGAGGAUCAAAUGUUACGAAUCGUCCUAUCAGCCGCUGGACGAGACUCUAGACAAGGACCUGUCGUACAUUAAAGUAAUAGACGUGGGGCGGCGGUACCUGGUAAACCGUGUCCUGGAUCACAUCCAGAGCCGGAUCGUGUACUAUCUGAUGAACAUCCACAUCACCCCACGCUCCAUCUACCUCAGCCGCCAUGGGGAGAGCGACCUCAACAUCAAGGGACGCAUCGGGGGAGACUCCGGGCUGUCUGACCGGGGAAAAGAGUAUGCAAUGCAUUUGAGAAAGUUCAUCCAGGAGCAGCACAUUAAGGACUUGAAGGUUUGGACCAGUCAGAUGAAGAGAACCAUUCAGACGGCCGAGUGUUUGGGAGUGCCCUACGAGCAGUGGAAGGCUCUCAAUGAGAUCGACGCGGGCGUGUGUGAGGAGAUGAUGUACGAGGAGAUCCAGGAACACUUUCCAUUGGAGUUUGCUCUGAGAGACCAGGACAAAUACCGCUACAGAUAUCCCAAAGGAGAGUCGUAUGAAGACCUGGUUCAGAGACUGGAGCCGGUGAUAAUGGAGCUGGAACGACAGGAGAACGUUCUGGUCAUCUGUCACCAGGCCGUCAUGAGGUGUCUGCUCGCCUACUUCCUCGACAAAACUGCAGCUGAGCUGCCUUAUCUUAAAUGCCCUUUGCACACUGUCCUCAAACUGACCCCUGUGGCUUAUGGUUGUAAAGUGGAGUCCAUGUAUUUGGGUGUAGACUCCGUGAACACUCACAGAGACAGACCAACAAACGUGACGACACAGCGCAGCACAGAGGACGCUCUUCAGACAGUCCCGCCACAUUUCUGAUCCACUCCCUCCUUCUUAACACACUCCUGCCAUUGACUUUAAAAAAAUACUUUAAAAAUAUUAUUAUACAAAAUAAAAACAAAAAAACGCCACCAACCUCUUGUCUAGACCUCCAUUUUCAAUCUCCGGACAGAGAAAGAAGAACUAUUUAAUCUACAUAUCUCCGUCUGAGCACUUUCGUCUCUUUGUCCAUCACUGCAGUCUCUGUAUCUGUGAAGAACAAUAAUUUUUUAUAAAUGUGAAUGUCACUUUUAAUUUACAUAUUUUUUCUAAUGUUUUGUAUUGUUGACCAAGGUGCUUCUGCAGUAAUGUCUUACUUUUGCUGUUGUGUGAAGUAAAACAAAAACAAAAUCAAGUCUGAUCAAAAUAAAAGCCUUUACAAUAGAGAAAAAAAUAUAUUUAAAAAAUGGCUUAAAGAAGUGUACUCCAGGACUUGUGGUUUUGCAGGUAUGAUGUUGAUAAAACUAUCCUUCUGCUUAUAUACUGUGAUUUAAUGUAAUUAUUGUACUGUGUAAAUAAUAAUGACAAAUAAUGUUACUGCGGCAUUAAAUCAUUAUUCAUUGAAAA